AUGCAUUUACGAUCGCGACGGACUGACGAUGGAAACGUACUCGACUGUGGGGUGCGUGCAGUGAUCGGGGCGCAGGGGCUGAUCGCCAAGGACAAGAGCGGGACGUCGGACCCGUACGUGACGGUGCAGGUGGGGAAGGUGAAGAAGAGGACCCGGACGGUGCCGCAGGAGCUCAAUCCCGUCUGGAACGAGAAGUUUUAUUUGUGA